CUUUUAUCCAAUCACCGCCUUAGAAAGUAUUCCUCGCGUGUUUGACAUCUUCGUGCAUGUGGGGUGAAAUGCUUGCUUCAAGAUCUUUAGUCAUGGCAUCGAGACUGUCAAACUACUGCAGAAGACUGGUGUGUCGACAGCGAGCUUCCCUCCAGACCCUGCCCAUGACUGCCUCUGUACGGUCGUGUAGUACAGGAGUUAUCCCCCCUCCACAUGUUGAAGGUACAGAAAAACAAUAUCCCCCCAAAAUACAGAAGAUUGUGGAGGAAAUAAGUGGACUCACAUUGUUUGAAGUCGCAGACUUAAAUGAGCUUCUCAAGAAAACCCUGAACAUCGCUGAUGCCCCCAUGAUGGCCAUGGGAGCAGCGGCAGCUCCAGCAGCGCGGGAAGAAGAGGAAGAAGAGGUGGCCCCUAAAAGAGAGAAGAUGGCUUUUGCAGUGAAACUUGUCAAGAUUGAUGCAAGCAAAAAAAUUCAAGUCAUCAAAGAAAUUAAGAAUCUUAUAUCAGGGAUGAACUUGGUACAGGCCAAGAAAUUCGUGGAUUCCCUUCCCCAGGUAGUAAAGGCUGAUAUUCCGAAGGAUGAAGCCGAGAAAUUAAAGGAGACUCUCAUUGCAGUGGGUGGAGAGGUUGAGGUCGACUGAUUGGUCAGUCUCGGGAUGAUUUCAUUGGCCAAUGGACUUACAUGUGACUGCAAUUCUACAUGAUGUUACUGUGAACAAGGAAGGUGAACCAAACGCUGCCGCGUCCACACGAGUUGGAUUGCCUUGUAUCAUGUGUUUGAACUCUGAUGAUGAGAUGUGUACCACAAAACUAACCUGACCAGCAUGCAUUCAUGAAGCUGACAAUUGGCUCACGGCACAGACUUGUUUCUUUGUUACUUUGUUCAAUGUGCUGGUUGUCAAGGCGAGUCACCAUGGGCAGGUUAUUAUCUGUAAUACAGUCCAGUGUGUAGGUCAUAUUUCCUUGGUUAUGGUAGAACUUGAUCAAAUAGCAUUUUAAUUCCUAUUGAUUUGGUCAAAAUGUCCAAGUGAUCGAAGGUGAUGAAUUUUAAAUUGAUAGAUUUUGCUAACAAGUUUCGACAGCCAUGUUAGCAUUUCACUAGUCAACCUUCCAUGGUUAUAUUUAGUUCUUAGAUGAUGGCACAUCUGUCAUUGUCCAUUUUGUGUUGACAACACUGAACAGCAAAGACUAGCAGCUUCAAGAACAGGUACAUGCUUCAUCCAAGGGCAAAAUGGCCUUGGAGCAGAAGGCAUCAUUAUUGGUUCCCAUGCAUUUAAAGAAACAUGGAUUGGCAUUGUAUAUAUUGAUAUUCAUCUUGUUAUUUGUGUGAAUGUGUGAUAGAUUUUGAGUUGCAGAGAAUAAUUCCUAGUGCUAAAAACAGCUUGGUCAAUACCAAGAGUAGAUGAAUCACUGUACAAGAUAGUAAGCUAGGGCUGUCACUGUAGGCGCGUCUCUAGAUUCAUAAAAUGUAUUAUUACACCAGAAAGGGAACUGCUUAACUUCGCAUUUGAAAACACCAGGGAUAGCAACAGGAAAAUCUAUUUUCAGCGGAAAACUAAAUAUUGAAUUUUCAAUGACAAUUUAUAACUAAUGUAGAAUAAAAUAGGUGGAAAAAUGCCAUUCCUGAAGGACAUUACCCUGAAACACAACACAAGUAAUAUUUAUGCUAUGGUGGGAAAUGGAAUGAAUGUGUUUACUGAUGUCAUCAGAAUGGUACCCAGUACCUGGGGUAUUUUCCGUGAUCCGAGUUGCUGCUAUUGAGGAAAUACCUCUGGUCCUUCCGAAGUUUUACUACUGCUCUCGAACCAACUGUCUUACGUGUAUUUCAAACCCCAAUGUUCAGUUCAUUGCACACAUUGAAAUCAUGAAGUUGUGAAAGUCUUCCAAAGUUUAUAGCAGUGUGAAAUCUCUUAGUUCCCUGACAAGUUUGGCAGGAUAAUUACGAAGAAGUCCCUAGUCUUGAAACAAAAUAAUUCACUCGUUUAAAGGUUACUGAGUACAAGAGUAUGUUAUCAGUCUGUGACAGCCCUAGUUGAGACAGCAGUGUGUAUGAAUGAUACACCUUGAACCUGAUAUAAAUAUGUACCCUUGAAA